AUGACUGAAUCAGUUGGUAAGUGUGAACUAAUGCUAUGUCUUACUUUUAGAUUAUACAUAGGCAGAACUGCAAACCACUUUGUUCGAGAUAAGAGCUUCUCAAACAACGUCAGUAGAGGAAGUAAGGAUAAUGCAGAACAGGUCACAUGUCAGCAAGAUAAGCAUUUUCAAAUACUCAGGCUGUGCAGAUUUUAUGGAUCGACGAAGAGCGCUCUCUCCCUCUUGUCUCCUUCAAUAGAAAGCACUAAAUACUUCUGCCAACAAAGAGAUUUUGAAUGAUUUUAGGCUUUUGUUGUUUUUCACAGAAAUGCUGGCUACGUAUGCAAAUAAGGUUGCCCCACAGGAGACACAUGGACGGACGCAGCGGGACACAUUUCAACUGGAUCAAGUGGUGUGUCAUUUCAGAAAGGUAAGUGUUUGACUUGCACAUGCCCCACAGUUAAAGCAUAAAUGAAUCCAGCGUGUGUUCUCGUCAGAUUAUUUCUGUAUCUGUGUUGUGCAUGUUGUAAAAAGUCAUAAAACCAUGAUGUGGGAUGUGUGUGAAAAUUAUUGAAAGGCACAGCAAGAUUCUGGAACUUUAAAUGGCUUUUAAGAAUAUUUUUCUAAGAUAAAAUUAUGAUAAAACAUAAAAUAGGUAUAUUAUGAAGUCCUGGAUAUUGUAAUACUUUACUCAUUACAGAGCAUGGCUUAUACUUUCUUUGUUUUGUAUGACUAUUCUUAGGAGUAAAAUACAUGUAACAUAGUACAUGUUUGCUUAGCAGCUCUUAAAACUGCAACUAUCCCCACCUUGAGAUAAAUAAAGGUUUAUCUUAUCUCUUUAAAACUUAGUGGACUGGGAGUGACAAAGUACCAUUACAUGUGAAACUUUACUUAUUUGCUUUACUACAUAGCUGGAUACUUCCACCAAUUUCUUUUAUAUUACUUGUUCAACAAAUACUUCUGUCUUCAAUCAAUCAUAAAUAAACUCCUGUCUUUUUUGAUGAAUUUGGCGUGAAAAUGCUCCACUCUCAGUAAUUCACUAUCGAUCCUGUCCUGGAAGAGGGAGGUUAAUCGGGUUUCAGCGGUCGGCUCGGCUUCAGCUCGGCUCUGACAUCACUGAUGCAGUGAGAACCGGCAGCCCCAGCAGAGCGCAGCACCCACUGCAGAGGCUCCUCUCUGCUGCCAUGCAGUUAGCUCUCAUCCUGAAGCAGAUCUGUGCUCCGAGCCCCACCUUGUUAUCCUCAGGAUGGGGGAAUCUGAGUCAGGGUCCCGGCUGGUUCAUAGUCUUGUGAAGAGUGCAGCUGGUCCCUCUAAGCAACUGUCUCUGUCUCCAUCUUUCCAGCGCUGUGCCUUUGCCUCCUGGAUCAGGGAGAACGUCAACAAGAGGGAAUGUGGCUUCUUUGAAAAAGAUGUCAGGUAGGAUGAUCUGCUCUUUAGUAUUGUGGUGCUCAGACAUCUCCCUCAUUCCCUGUCAGGAUAGACAUACAUGAUAAGUUUUUGUUUUUUUAAAUUGUCUGUCAGCUGGUUUAACUGAUAUGUUUUAUGUCGCUGACUAAUCUGUAUGUCUUCAUGACUGUUUUGAGUUUUAGCUGUCCCACCAAAGAGGAUGUCUGUAAGUGCGGCUACUUAAAGAUUGAACAUGUGGAUGAAGCCAUCAAGCCUGAAGACUUCACUGGCGAGUUGUGGAAUAAACACAGACACAUCCAUGAAGUGCCUACAGAUGCUUUUGGAGACAUCAACUUUGGUGGUCUGGGCCAGAGGACCGGCAAGGUACAUCCUGACUUCAUCUCAAAUACUAGAACAAAAGUACUUUUCUGCCUGUUUUACUGAACCCUCGCUGUACAUCUAUCCUCAGUAUGCACGAGUUUCUACAGACACCAGCCCUGAGAUCCUGUACCAACUUUUGACUGAACAGUGGAAACUUUCCCCUCCAAACCUGCUUAUCUCAGUGACUGGGGGGGCCAAAAACUUCUAUCUAAAGGCUCGUAUCAAGAGCAUGUUCCACAGAGGUCUCAUCAAAGUGGCCCAGACAACAGGUAAGCCCACCAUGUGUGAGGGAUUUCCCUCUCAGUCCGAUGUUUGAUGGGAUAGGUCAAAUAAGUCCAGGGUUUUUUCCCUCUGCUCGUGGCUUUUCCAGUUUUUCCUGAUGUGUGCUUUGUAAGAUUUUUUUACUGCCUGUAGUCUAUCUGAAAUUAAAAUCUUUUGGCACAUGCACUCAAAAACAAAAACAAAUAACUCAUAGUUUGUAGGGAAACAGCGCUAAAAAGAUUCUGCAAACAUAUCAACAGUUACAUUUUUUUAUAUUAGGGUUAAGGUUUGGCCCUUCACAAGUGAGCAGUUUUUCACCCAUGAUCCAGUCAACCAGGAUGAAUGUUGAUACCAGGUUUAAAUAAUGCUCAAAUGACAGCAUAUCCCAGCAGCCAGCUUCCAGAAAAGCAUUUAAGUUUUCCAUAUGAGAGAGUUUUCUUUGUUUUAAGGGUAGAUUACAGUGAGUGGGUAACUUAAGUAAUACAAGACUCUGCCGCUAAGCAGAUAAACCAUGGAUGCACUUUUUCUAUCAGACUCAUAUCAGUAUUUUAAAUACCUAGGUAAAAACAGGAGUAACUCAGUCAGAAACCAGAUAGACUUGUAGAAAGGUGAAACUAGCUUUCUGAUUGGACGACAUAAUCUGCAUUUCAGCACGUCUUUUGGUGUUACCAGUAACACAGUGUAAAAAGUCAAAGUGUAAGAAGGAUUUUUAUCUGGAGUCUGAGUAUUGAAAAUCUGGAGUCUACUCGUCACAUUAAAGAAAAUCGACUCAUGGCCUCUUUACUGACACGGUUCAAUCUGACGUGUACGUUUGUGUGGAAUCAGGACAUAUGCUGUGUUGUUCCCAGGUGCAUGGAUCAUCACUGGUGGUACACACACAGGCGUGAUGAAGCAUGUAGGCCAGGCUGUGAGAGACUACGCCCUGAGCGACUCCACUCGCCAACAGAUUGUGGCUAUCGGAGUGGCAACGUGGGGGAUCAUUCACAACAAAGACACUUUGGUGCAUCCAGAGGUAAAAGAAACACAUGAACGCUUUUGCUUUGAGGAAGAUUUGUUCCCCUCCUCCUUAUUUCCUCAUCCUGCUACUCAAUUCCUGCAGGGUUGUUUUCCAGCCCAUUAUCCGAUGGACCUCAAGGGCCAGGGCCGGCUGUCCUGCCUGGAUAACAACCACACCCACUUCCUGUUGGUGGAUGAUGGUACCCAGGGGCGAUAUGGUGUGGAGAUUGAGCUGCGUAGCUGUCUGGAAAAAUACAUUUCGAGAAAGCGCCUUGGAAUCAAAGGUUAAAAAUAACCGAUGCAGCUUCUACAAAAGCAGAAACCCAUUUCAGAGUAUAUCUCAAAUCUGAUCUGGUUAUCUGUCCUGCUUUUAAUAUUGACUUUUCAUUGUCAAACCUCCAGAGAGUGGAGUGACCAUCCCUGUGGUGUGUGUGGUUUUGGAUGGAGGACCCGGCACUCUGAAUGUGAGUCAUCAGUUUCUGUCUCUGUCCCUCUCUCUGUCUGUCUUCCUGUCUGACACUUCUGUGUUUCUCCUCUCAGACUAUCUAUAACUCCAUGCUGUGCGGUACACCAUGUGUGAUAAUGGAGGGCUCCGGGAGAAUAGCAGACGUGAUCGCCCAGGCAGCAGGACAACCGUUAAGCCGGGUCACUAUCGCCUACAUCCACCAAUUAAUGAAGCGCUUCUUUGGCCAAGAAUUUGAAAGCUUCCCCGACCUGAAGAUCAUCGAGUGGACCAAAAAGGUUUGUGAGGAAGCUGAGGCUCACCACAAGCACAAAAUCGAGAAGCUUCUCAUAUAAUCUAGGUUAUGAGUCUGAAGUUAAUGACACAAAGCAUUGUCAUCAUUUUAUUUUCCAGUUUUUGAGCUUAUAUUUGCUAAAAUGUAAGUAAGUGAUGUUUAUCUAGUGUACAGAUGCUGUAUUAAAGAUAUUUAUAUCCAAAAAAUCACUAAACAAAUUGGAGUUGGACAUAGUUAGAGCCCUUGGUGGAAGAUCAGGGGCUAACUGUUCAAAUGCAUGAAUCUGAGUAAGAAUCAUCUGGAUUUGAUCAUCUGCUCUUUACUGUGUAGGGUCAUGUAGUUAACCUCACUUUUUUUCCUGGUAUCAAAGAUAAACUGACGUCAAUCAUUCUGAUCCAGAUGCAAAUUUAUAAUGAAAUAACAAAUCCUGAGAACAGCUGACGCUCAAAAGAGAACUUUAUCCCACGUACUCGAACCACACAAACUAAAAGAUCUUUAUCGUAGCCCAAAACAAAGCUACAUAUCAGAGGACAAAAGUUCUGGCACAACUUUAUCAACUUCCAAAGUGCUCGGAGAGAAAAGGUCUUGUAGAGAUCAAAAGAGCUUAUAGUUUAGGAAACACCUUUAUUAGGCCGACGCGUUUCGGCCGCGGCCUCCAUCAGGGUCAUUACAAACAACAUUUAAAAAGGGUAGGUAGGAGAAAAUUGAACAGGGUGAGGGGGAGUGUCCAAAGAGAGGUAUCAGUGGCACCAUCUAGGUCCAUCAUGUAGGCCUUCCAUUGGAUGGUGCGGUCCAAAACCACAUGGUGACAGAAUAGACACACCACUGCAACCAUUCUAUUGGCUGACUCAGGUGUAAUUGCACAUGACUGGUCAAAUUGUUCAAUCUUUCUAAAAUUCAAACCUAAAUGUCUGUAAUGUAUUUCUGAUGACCCUGAUGAAGGCCACAAGCUGAAACGUGUUGGUCUAAUAAAGGUGUUUCCUAAACUACAAGUGUUGCUGGAGCUCUUUUGAUCUCUACAAAGCUACAUAUAAAAUUUCUGUGCUGUUUGGCUAGUUUAAACAUUUAUUCAAACUGUUUUCGAUUCACCAGGCUUCACUGGGGUUAGGAUAAUUGGGGGGGUGGGGGCAGGAACACAGUCAAAUCAGUUAAAAAGGUGUUUAUAUAGACUGAUCCAAUCUAUAUAAAUCUGUACAACUAUAAAGUGAAUCUAUGUAGAUUGAUCCAGGACUGAUGGUUGGGCCAGAGGUGGGAAGGUUGAUCAAUAAUCCCAUAUUUCGAGAGUUGAAGAUGGCAGACUUUUGGCUGAGGUUGAUCCUUGAGUACAGUAGAAAUAUUAGUGGCAGGAAAAACACACAAAAAAAGUAAUCAAAUUUAAGCACAAGGGUACACAGCUGGGCCUCACAGAGGUAGACUGAACAAUCUGGUGGUGAGUGGUUGAAGAACCAGGACAUGGGUAUAGGGUAUGUGGACUCAGUGUGAGACAGGUGAGCAGGCUGAUGCAUCAGAAGGUGUUGUUAGAAAGUAUGGCAGUCAUUUUUAUUAUGUACUGAGAACACUCUGCCAUGCAUUUAAAUUAUAUCCAGAGAUUUUAGCGCUCAUGUAUUGCCAAUUACUGCCUGACAAAUUCUGCUUUUCUCAGAUUCAAGAUAUCAUCCAACAGCCUCACCUGCUGACAGUCUUCAGAAUAGGCGAGGACAGUCAUGGGGAUGUGGAUGUGGCUAUUCUUCAGGCACUCCUCAAAGGUAGAGUUGAUUUGUACUUUACUGGACCGACUGCAGAUGUGUGAAACAGCUUGGGAAGUUUGAGAGUUCUCAGCAAAUCUAAUCCCAGAAUCUAUGUAACUGGAUUGUGAUGUCAAAUGUGUUGAGACAAAAAAUCAUCACAGAUAAUCUUGCAGAUAUUUCCCCUUAGAAAUGUUUUUCUGUUCACUGAUACAUGACACUGAUACCCACACUUGAUAUGUUUCAGUGCUUCUUGCUAUCUUCUUCUUCCUCGAGCUGAUUUGGAGACAGACAGAUGAAACCCAUUUAGAGAGAGUUAAUGCAUGCUGUUAUAAGUAUGCAGCACCAGAGUGCAGAUCCAGCACGCUGGACAGUCACUUAAUGUUUUGGUCGUGAUGAAUCAUCGUUCUCGCAGAACUGUGUUACCCAUACUUUCCAUCUCUAAGAGCCAUUAACAAAAAGUCAUUAAAUGCAUUUACAGGAAGUACUAACCCCAAUUCUAAUGAAGUUGGCAGGUUGUGUAAAACAUGAAUAAAAACAUAAUACAGAGUAAAUCCUUUUCCAUCUAAAUUUAAUUGAAUACACAACAAAGAUACUGAAUGUUCAAAAUGAUAAACUGGAUAGUUUAUCUGUAAAUAUUCGCUCAUUUUUAAUUUGAUGUCUGUAGCACGUUCCUAAAAACCUGGCUCAAGGUCUGGUCUCAGGGUCAUGUAAUCCUUUGUGAAAUGAGGACACUAACUGUUGAAGCUUUAGAGGUGAAUUCUUUCACAGUCUUGUUUAAGGGACCACUUCAGCUGAUCUUCAGUCCACAGUCUCUGUUGUGGUAUUUUGGGCUUCAUAAUGCUCCGCACAUUUUCAAUGGAGGACAGGUUUGGACUGCAGGCAGGCCAGUCUAGUACCCGCCCUCUUUUACUGCACUGCUUUAACUCGUACAGAAGAAAGAAGAAGAAGAAGAAGAAGAAGAAGAACUUUAUUGAUCCCCGAAGGGAAGUUCAAUUGUCUGUUGUCUCAUGUAAUAUGUCUAUAAAAGUUAUCUAUUAUUUACAUAAGAGUUAUCUAUUAUUUACAGAAGAGUUAUAAAGCCUGAUGGCUGUUGGCACAAAAGAUCUUCUAAAUUGUUCUGUCCUGCAGCGAAGAGAGAGGAGCCGUCCACCACCAUUUGCCCUUUGGUCCAUCAAGGUGUUGUGAAGUGGGUGAUCCAUGUUCUUGAGAAUAGUCUCCACCUUCCUCAGAGUAGAUCCACCACACAGAAUGUGUCCUGUUGUUGUCUUGCUGAAAUCAGCAGGGACAUCCUUGAAAAAGAAAAAAACAUAUCCAUGAUUUGCAAAAACAGUUUGAAAUGUGAACUCACCAGAUCACAGCAGACUUUUCCACUUUGGGUCAGUCCAUCUCAGAUGAGCUCUGGUCCAGAGAAGUUGUUGUUGUUUCUGUCUGUUGUUGAUAUCUGUCUUUGUCUUUGCGUGGUAGAGUUUGAACUUGUGUAUGUAGAGACCAACUGUGUUAACUGACAAUGGUUUUCUGAAGUCCUCCUGUCCCAAUGUGGUAAAUCCUUCAGUUCAUUCAAAACGCUGCUGCUCGACUCCUGUCUGGCAAGAAAAAGCACAACCACAUAACUCCUAUUUUAGCGACCCUUCACUGGCUCUCAGUCCGCUUCCACAUUGAUUUUUAAAUUCUUUUUAUCGUCUUUAAAGCCUUUAAUGGUCUUGCCCCUCCUUACCUGUCUGUGCUCCUGUAUCACCACUCCCCAGCCAGAGCCAUAAGGUCCUCUGACCAGUUACUGUUAAGCGUCCCGAAAACCAGACUCAAGUCUAGAGGUGACGGGGCCUUUUCAGCAGUUGCCCCUAGAUAGUGGAACAGUUUACCUGGCCAUAUUAGAGCUUCACAGACCUUAGAGUCUUUGAAAUCAUCUUUAAAGACCCACCUUUUCUCUCUUGCUUUUAAUAAAUGAGCACACAAGGCACUGUAGCUUGUAUUCUUUUACUGUCUGUAUUUUAUUCGACUGUUUUUGAUUUUAUUUUUUAUUGUUAUCUUUCCAUUCAUUUACUUCAUUUAUUUAUCCCAUAUACAGCACUUUGUUUGACUGCUGUCUUUUAAAGGUGCUUUAUAAAUAAACGUUGACUUGACUUGACUAGCUGCUUACAUGCAGAGAUUUCUCUGAUUCUCUGAAUCUUUUGACAAUAAUUUGGGCUGUAGAUUAUGAAAUCUCUAAAUUCCUGCAGUUGUACGUUGAGAAACAUUGUUAGUUAGUCGUUGGAUGAUUUGCUCAUGCAGUUGUUGACAAAGUGGUGAGUUUUUCAGGGAUGCUUGUUUUAUAACAAAUCACAACCCUCACCUGUUUUCAAUGAACCUGUUUACCUUUUGGAAUGAUCCAAACAGGUGUUUUUGGAGUAGUCCUCAGUUUACAGUCUUUUUUUGACCUUGAACCAACUUUUUUGAAACAUUGAAUUUAAAAUGAGUGAAAAUUUACAAAAAAAAAACAAACAAACAAACAAAAACUAUCAAGUUUAUCAGUUUGAAUAUUCAACAUCUUGUCUGAUUUAUCUUAGGUGGCCUUAAAUUCAUGUUAUGAUGUUUGUUUCUGAGUGCUUUACAGUGUAACUGCACAAAAUGAUUUGUUACUGUUUGCAUCAGCCUCUUUGUCCCAUGUUAUUCCAUAUUACAGCAUCAGAAGACUGAAACAUUUAGAGCAUUUCUCUCACUUGUAAGAACGGAGAAUAAUCAACAGAUUUUGUGAUUCAGACGUCAUUGAAGUCGAGAAAAAACAUGCCAUAAGUACUGAACCUAUGUUUUCAGCUUUACUCCAAUACACUUUUCAUAAUACUUGAUAUAAAGUGGUUUAAAAAUGCUGCCUUGUUCUCUGAGCAACUAUGAUGAGCAGUUUGCAGAAUCUUAUAUAUUAUUCAGCCUUUGUUUUGAUGCAGUAAAGAGGGGUCUGAUUUAGAGUGGCCGUGAGAUUACUUUCAGAAAUGUUCUUCUAACAAAAAGAUUUACACCUCAAGAAAAGUCAAUCUUUCUGUUUAUUUUGAUAGAUAAAACAUAUGAAUGAUUGAUUUAAAUUUUCCCUCCAGCUUCAAGGAUCAGUGAGCCUUUGGGCAUCGAGUGCUGGAAGAGGCAGCUGGAGCUGGCUAUUGCCUGGAACAGAGUGGACAUAGCAGAGACGGAGAUCUUUACAGAGGAGAGUCAGUGGAAGGUGGGUUCACUCUGAAGAUAACUGUAAGUCCACCAACACCUGAAGCAGUCUCAAUCAGGGCAGGAUUUUCUCAAGAGGACUCUGAACAGGAUCUGAAUGUCUUUCGUAUUUAUAUGAUUUAUUUAUAUGAUUUAUAUAUAUUUAUUAUUUAUAUGAUAAAAUAAAUCACUAGAUAUGAAUACAAUCUGAGAAUUGUCUUUUUGAAUGCCUGCUGUUUGUCUUUUCUGUUGUUUCUCUUUUUUACUGGUUUGUUCCAAAACAGUCCAGUGAUCUCCACUGGGCCAUGUUCUCAGCCCUGGUUGGAAAUAAGCCUCAGUUUGUCAGUCUGCUGCUGGAGAACGGUGUUAGUUUGAGGGAUUUCCUUCAAGAUGAGGAAACGCUGUGUGAGCUCUACAAACAGUUGCCCAGCUGCUUCUUCCUCCGCAAGUUGGCCAAGCGGGUUGACAGAGCUCGCCGCAGCAAGAGACGGAUACUGGAAAGAAGAGUUCGAGCUCUCCCAGGGCAGGGGGAAACGAUAUCUAUGACUCAUGUAUCUGAGGAGGUGCGCCACCUGCUGGGCAGCUUCACUCAGCACAUCUACCCUCCUUCAACUGGUUCAUACCACUUUAACAUGACUAUGGAGGAUACGUCUACAUCAGUGAGUCUCUUUAUCUAAUAUCUAUUGUGUUUUUUCCUGAAUCAUACACAGCCAUAACCUCUCCUUUCACGAAUGGCCUUUACUUUCUUCUAGCUGUCUAAGAGUCAGGCAGGUUCCUUGUCCCCACAUGAUGAACCACAGAGGAACUUUGGCAGGGACCUUUUCCUCUGGGCUGUGGUCCAGGACAACAAGGAGCUAGCUGAGAUUGCCUGGGAGCAGGUGAUCUGACCCAACAGUUUGUGAAACAGUCCUGCAUGAGUUGUGUAUGUGUGGCCUCACAUCUGUAUUUGUAUGUGUAUAGUGCAGAGACUGCAUGUCUGCUGCUCUGGCCGCCACUAAGAUCCUAAAGAAAAUGGCUGAAGAGGGCAGUGAUGCAGACGAGGCCGAGGUCAUGAGAGAGCUGGCCAACCACUAUGAGAAACAUGCCAUAGGUAUCAUAAAACAUGAGGCAUGUGUGUGUGUUUUUUUUUAUAUUUCUCAAGUGAAGUUUUUGUUUUUAUUUUUUGUGUGUGUGUUUGUCUCAGGUGUGUUAACUGAGUGCCACAACAACGAUGAAGAGCGAGCUCAGAAGUUGUUGGUUCGAGCGUCACCGUACUGGGGAAGGACGACCUGCCUCAGGCUGGCUCUGGAGGCCGACGAUAAAAGCUUUGUAGCUCAGUCUGGUGUUCAGGUAGAGCUGAAGUUUAUAUUCAUCCUUGGGGACCUGCCUUUGAACCAUCUGCAGCAGUUUUCUCUGAAGGUUUAAAAAAGAAAAGAAAGAGUUCGUAAGAUUAAGUAUGUCUGAGUCUGACAGCAUGUCCAUCUUUCAGGCUCUUCUGACUCAGAUCUGGUGUGGUGAGCUGUCUGUGGUCAAUCCUGUGUGGAGAGUGCUGGUCUGCAUGGUCUUCUUCCCUCUUAUCUACACUCCAUUUCUUGUUUUCAGGUUAGUUUCAAACUCUGCUUCCUCAUAACUUUCACUUAUUGAAAGAGUUUCCACAAUACGCCACUACCUUUGAUAACGCUGUUACAUUUUCACUUUCACAAAUACUCCACAGAGAAACUCAACAAAUACUGUCUCAUUCUUGCCUGAAUAGAUGAUUUUAAGCUGCUCAACAGUUUUAAGGUCUCCUUUGUCAUGUUUAUUGUUUCAUGAUGCUCCAAAUGUCUUCAACGGAUGCCAAGCUGGACAAGCCAGUUAAGCAAUCAGACUCUUCUACUUCAGAUCCAUGCUGCUGUAAUAUGUGCAGAUGUGGUCUGGCAUCAUUUUGUGUUGAGCAUUAAUGGUGCAUCCCCAUGCAAUCACAGACACUGGCUUUUGAGCACAGAUACCAACCCAUAGACUGUAUAUAAAAUGGACGCCGUCUACCUCCUCACUGGGUGGAGCCACCGCGAGAACAGCACCCUCUAGUGACGGGCUGCGGUAAAGGUCAUAAAUCCCACCUCUUCCAGCAAUCCCCAUGGAGCUGUGGACAAACUAAUCUGGGCAAAAAAAAAACCAAGAGCUUUUUGGCUUCACAUCUGUAUAUUGGUGGAAGGCAGAAUCAAGUUGUCCUAGUAUAUACAGUCUAUGAAACAACCUGAGUGGUCCUUUCCCUCUCAAAUGCAGUUGAAUUUCUCUGACCAUGUCGCAGUGAUGUUUGAGGGCCAGGAUUCUUGGGAACCUGGCCUUGCACAUACAGUAUAUCAUACAAAACGCACAGAGAAAUGAAAUCCAUUUGAGAAUUUCCCAGGGUUUGAGCACACAUCCUAAAACCUCGACUACAUGAAGAAGUUCAGAUUUCAGUCUCUGUGAACACACUGUAAUAACUUAUAAUACAUCUAUACAGUGGUGAAUAGAUGCAAACACAACAUUUGACACCAGCGAGUGGCAGCAAGACCUUUUCCUGAUCUAUUUUCUAUGUUUAACACAAAAUGAUUCAUGUUUUAUUCCUAAUGCCUCAUAAUAAACGCACUACAAGUUCCUAUGUCUAGAUCAAUUCUUUGUGUAGAGGUUUCUGUUAUGUUUGUCCUCUGUUCAACUCUCCUUAGACGUGAUGAAGUCGUUCAGAGAGAAACUGAGAAGAACGAGGAGAUCAAGACCGUGGAGAACGUGACAGGAAGUGUUCUUCGAAUGAACACUCAUCGCCUGUGAGUUCACUUAAAAUGACCCGAGCUGCUGAAAGCAUUCAGAAUCACUCUGACAGUGUGAGCACUUCCUGAUUAGAAGAAACUGUACAUUAAUUUAGUGAUUAUCCUCAAUCUGAUAUUUUAAUUCAGAAGAUAAGCAAGAAACCAGAUUCUGAGUGUUAAGUCCCACGCUAAGCAUAUUUUUUUACUAAUUAAAGUGUUAUCAGUGGUCUUUAAAUUGUGAUUAUGAAGUUUUUAGCCAAAAUCGUGUUACCUGUGUUGUUUUCAAGGGCUUUUCUUCAGUAGCUUAUCAGCAAUUCACUUCUGUGUUGUGGUCAGAGACAGCGCUGCUCUGCACACUCCUCUUCAAGCUAGCUUGUAGCCUAACAUUGCCGGUGUAGUAGAAGUACCAGGUAAAAUAGGAGCUAUUCAGCUUUCAGACACUAGUGUCUUAACGGACGUGAUGAAAGUUAAUAUCAUAACUAGCUUUCUGGCUGUCUGGCCUGCAGAGUGGGGCUCCGUGGGUGGAGCUUGGAUUUGUGACGUAGAAAAUCCCACUGCAUCUAAAUCUGCUGUUUGGGUCUGUCAGAGAUUCACUGAGAUUUGAAUGAAGAAAUACUCAGAAAUGUAAUUUUGCACUUAGUUUUCCUUGAUAGCCCUGUAGCACCAGAAAAAUGCCAUGUGAGCAUGUAGACAACAAGAAAAACAUGUUUUUCAUGGAAGUGGGUCUUCAAGUGAAAUAAAACAGUUAAAGAAGAAAACCUGAUCCUAGUUACCUGUCUGUCCACAGUGAUGCAGCCAAACUGCAGCGCUCGAAGAUCCUGGGCAGCUGGUCCAGACUGGCCUACCUGUACAGCGCUCCUCAGGUCAAGUUUUACGGGAACAUCGUGUCUUAUUUCGCCUUCCUCUUCCUGUUCGCUGUGGUGCUGAUGAUAGACUUUCAGGCUACGCCCUCUCCUGCUGAGCUGCUGCUUUACAUCUGGCUGUUCUCUCUGGUGUGUGAGGAGGUCAGGCAGGUAAGAGGGGCUCAGACUUACACACAUGAGUGGGUGAAUUAUUUUUGUUUGUUUGAUUAUUUCCCCUUUACAUUUACUGGAGUGAAAAAAAUACUCUCCUCUGGGGUCACACAUCAGAAAAAUCCCCUCUCUCUCACCUGUGGUCCUCUACAGUCAGUAUCUACACUGGUUAGCUGCACCUGUCUUUGUGAUUACACUUCAGGCUUGUAUUUCUUUUUAACACACAGUAUACCCCUUUACUCAUACAACAUGUACAUGAGUUUUUAGCACACAGCACAUAAACUAUCAUGCUUCAAAACACGGAGUGCGUACAAUAAUUCAACCAGCAUUGCACUUUUUUUUAACAGUUUAUCAUGAGUUACCAUUUCAUCUCUAUUGCAUGUGAUAGUCAAAGAAUUUUUAAGCACUACAUUGUAAAUAACAUCCCUCCUGAUUAAACUUCCAGAAAACCCAUUAAGAAAUCAGCAGAAACCUCAAAUGCAGAAACAGCUGUUCAGUUAAGUGAGGAGUGAAACAAUCAUGAGACGUAAACUGGAUGGAUUGUUUGAUUGUUUUUUUCCUCUGGGAAUUUAUUUACAUUGUUCAUAUUCAUAUCUAAAUACAGCAUUAUCUUUUAAUUACUAACCUAACUAAACUGAUGAUUAUUGACAGUAGUAUUGAGGGAUCGUAUUACUUGGUUUGGUACACUGGAGGACCUGCAAUGAGAAGCAUAUAGAGAACUAAAUCUUUUACUCUAGCAGCAGAGGCCCUAAGAAUUUAAGACGCCCCUACCCUAUUAAUGAAUGACAGGACUUUAUAUUGUCCCUGCAACACACAGCGAUGUGUGAUUGACUAUGGUUCUGCUUACAUAAUGGAUUGCCACAAUAUGAAUACAUAAUCCCAAAACACAACAAUGGAUAUUCAGUGAGGGUUAAGCAAUGCCAACGCAGGAGGAAUUUGACUUCAAAACCUUUUUGUUUUUAUUGGAAAUAUCAAAAAGUAAAAUGUUAUGCCAACAUUAAAAUAAUGUUUAAUGAUUCCAGAGACGGUCUAUGUCUAAAGAAGUCCAAUUUGCAAUAAGCUGUAAUAGUUGUCUCCACAGAACUACUGGUUAUUGUUUAAUAGCAUCUUAGGCAAUGCAGUAACAUCUUAUUUGACAUAAAUGUAUACUUUUUUGAUAAAUCUUGGAAUGUAAAGGAGUUUUCACCACAAAAGUACAAUUUCCGCCUAAACUAAAGAUAUGUUUAAAGGAUUAUAUUUCAGUAUUUAUUUUGGUAAAUUACAUUCUGACUUUUUGGUGAUGUAGAGUAGACACCUAAUUCAUACAUUAGCAAAUUUGAUGAAGGAAAGAGUGAGCAUUGUCAGGUUAUAGGUUUUUUUUUUUGACAUAUCUGCCCCAUUAAGAUUUUCCCUUUCAGAGAUUGGGGUAGGUGUAAAGAAUAGUCAAAAACACAUUUUGCCCCAAAAUAAAAUUUCACAACAAUCCAUUUCAUUCAUGGGAGACCCUAAAGAUAAGAAAAGACGUGGUAGUGGUUGGUUCUAACUCGGGUAGGGGUAUCUCAAAAACUAAGCCCUUUAUGGAGGACCUGCUGCUGGACUAUUUCUGUCCAAUCACAUUUCCUUUAAAUUUUUGACUUUAAGUCAAGCAAAGUAGCAAAAAUCACAAGGCAUUAUUCACAUUUUCUUCUCACUUACUCCUCAUAUAUUCCACUCACAAAUUUUUUGUGUUAUAUUAGGAACAUGUUGAUGAAUACCCGAGAAGAGUCCUAAACAGUUUAUUUCUAUUUUCAGCUCUUUCAUGACCCUGAUGGCUUUGGGUUCAGAAAAAAAGCCAGGAUGUACAUAAAUGAUGUGUGGAACAUUUUAGAUGUUUUGUCCAUCAUCCUCUUUAUUAUUGGCGUUGUAUUUCGGUAAGUUCUGCCUCUGAAAAUCCAAGUUAAACCACAAAAAUGCUGUAUGUCCUGAGGAAUCAUCCAUGAAUCACCAUGUUUUCCUUCUUCAGGCUGAACACUCUGCUCUUCUAUGCGGGUAAAAUCCUCCUCUGCGUCGACUUUGUGGUGUUCUGCCUUCGUCUCAUGGCCAUCUUCACCAUCAGCAGAACCCUGGGACCCAAAAUUAUCAUUGUGAAAAGGAUGGUAAGAGAGUGUCACAAAGAUAAAAUAACAGCUGACCUGAUGCGAUGUGGGAGCAACAACAGAGCACAAAAAAUGCUACGCUCCAAAACACCUUUUAUGGGAUACAAAAAGAGGCUUCUGCUUCACUGGGCCUCCAUCUGCUGUCUGCAGAUGAGCAGAGAUAAAUAAAAGUGUUUUUGAACAAAGUGCUGCAGCUGGUCUGUUUGUUACCUACCAGAUCUCACUCAGAUUGGACAUGUUUGCAACUAUUUCACAUUUCUAAAAGAGUUCAAAGGAGUUUAAAUUUGGAAACUUCCAAUUGGAGAGUGUGCAAUUUGUAAGAUUUUUACACAGACUAAAAAAUCUGAUCUGUGUUUUCUCCUCCAGAUGAUGGAUAUGUUCUUCUUUAUGUUCCUGCUGAGUAUCUGGGUGGUGGCGUAUGGUGUGGCCAAACAAGGCAUCCUUAUUGACAAUGACAUUCGGCUGGACUGGAUUGUCCGUGGAGCAGUUUACGAGCCGUACCUUAUCAUUUUUGGGAACUUUCCAACGAAUAUUGAUUGUAAGUUGAGAUUUAUAAAUUUUUAUUCAUUCUUCAUUGUAGAAACACUGAUUUCUUUUCACAAAACAAUCUGUUUGACUCCUGCAGAUGCUGCAUUUGAUAUUGACUCCUGCAGCAUGAAUGGAACAGAUCCAUUAAAACCCAAAUGUCCAGUCCUGAAUGAAAACCAAAUGCCAGCCUUCCCUGAGUGGCUCACCAUCAUCAUGCUUUGUGUUUACCUGCUCUUUGCCAACAUACUGCUGCUCAACCUGCUCAUAGCCAUCUUCAAGUGAGUUCUGUAAGAUUUUUGAUCGCAGCUUUCUCUACAUGAUGUUAGUCUGCUUCUUUCUCUUUAUAGACCCCUCUCUUUUCUGAACUCCUUCACAGCUUUACGUUCCAGGAGGUUCAGGACAACACAGACACAAUCUGGAAGUUUCAAAGAUAUGAGUUGAUUAAAGAGUACCACAGCCGCCCUGCUGCACCUCCUCCCUUUAUCAUCUUCAGCCAUCUUUACCUCUUCAUCAGGCUCCUCUUGUUACGCAGGCCCCCCAUCACAUGCAAGGAGUUCAGUAAGUGAAGCUAUCGAUCUUACCGUCAUACACCUUCUGUACUGUUUCAGAUGGACAACUUUAAUACCACCCUCACUUGCUCCGGAAAAGCUGCCAUCUCUGUCUCAUGAGGACUUUCAUAUGACAGCCUUUACAAUCAAGAUACAUACAAUUUUCCGUCAUUUAUAACAACCUUUGUCAAACGAUUCAACAGUCUCUGUGAGGUCAGACUUUGCAGUUAGGGACUUUGUUGGUAAAGUCUACAAUCAUAAUAAUAUGAUUUUUAAGCUUUAAGUUUCAAAACGUUUAUCAGACAUAACCUACAAAGUGGUGGUUUUGACCGUGUUACAACUGGCCAUGUGUGUAUAUGUGUGCACAGAACCAGGAGUAAAAGCAGGUUGUGUUAUCUUUCAGAAAAUGAACUUCCUCAGGUAGAGGAAGAGGAGCUGUUGUCCUGGGAGGCCUUGAUGAAAGACAGAUAUCUGCUGUUCACACAGCAGGAGCAGAACCAGAGCAUGGAGAGACGCAUCCUGGACACUGCCAUAAAGUAAAACCUCCCCAAAUAAUUUCAUUCGUUAAAUCCUGAUUUUAGCUCAUGGUUGAUAAAUGACAGUCUUCUAGGGCUGAUGUCAGUGUGAGACCCCUCAGCACACAUAUUUACUAUAUCUGUAGAAAUGAUCAUAGAAAACUAUUUAUUUCUUUAGUUUGGUACUAUUGUUUCCCUGUUAUCAUCUACUGAGCCCUCAGAUUAAGAUUAGACCCUUAACCAGUCAUUUAAAGACAUCUUUAAACUGAACUUAAAGCUCCUGUGAGGAUCCUUUAGUUUGCAUGGACUUUGGCGCCCCCCUGUGGACAAAGUGGUGUCUUCUAUCGCUCUGUUGAUCUUGCUCUGUAUAUGCACAAGUAGAUUUUACGAAAGAAAAAUAUUAUCUCACUGUCAUCAGCUAAUAUAUCUCUCCAAGUGAAAGUGAGUGAAGGCUGUAAGUGUACUACAAUGCUCUACACAUGACACCUAUUUUUUUUGGCAGCUUUAUCCGUGCAGCUCUUGGAGUCCAGGACAAAUUUCCCUCUAGGGGCAAUAAAGUGUAUCCUAUCAUAUCGUUAAAAUCAUUCAAGCAUUAAAGCAUUAAGCAUUAAAAUCACUUUACAACAACGAUCUUUCUCAUCGCUGAUUAGGGGAUUGAUAAAUCUUUGGAUCUUUUUGUUGACAUUGUCGUCAUCGUCGUUGUCGUCGUUUUCUUCCGCUUAUCCCGGUCCGGGUCGCGGAGGCAGCAGCUUCGGGAGGGAAGCCCGGACGGCCCUCACCCCGGCCACUUCCACCAGCUCCUCCAGGGGGGUUCCCAGGCACUCCUAGGCCAGGCGAGAGAUACAAUCCCUCCACCUGGUCCUGAGCCGACCACGGGGUCUCCUCCCGGUGGGACAUGUCUGGAACACGUCUAACGGGAGGCGUCUAGAAGGCAUCCUAACCAGAUGCCCGAGCCACCUCAGCUGACUCCUCUAGACGUGGAGGAGCAGCGGUUCUACUCUGAGCGCCUCCCGAGUGUCUGAGCUCCUUACCCUAUCUCUAAGGCUGAGCCCGGCCACCCUGCGAAGAAAAUCCUUUCGGCCGUUUGUAUCCGCGAUCUUGUUCUUUCGGUCAUUACCCAAAGUUCAUGACCAUAGGUGAGGAUCGGCACGUAGAUUGACCGGUAAAUCAAGAGUCUCGCCUUACGGCUCAGCUCUUUCUUCACCACGACAGAUCGGUUAAGCGUCCGCGUUACUGCUGACGCCGAUCCGCCUGUCGAUCUCCCGCUUCAUCCUACCCUCACUCGUGAACAAGAUCCCGAGACACUUGAAUUCCUCCACUUGAGGCAGGACCUCCCCUCCGAUCUGGAGAAAGCAAUCUACCUUUUUCCGACUUAGGACCAUGACCUCGGACUUGAAGUUGCUGAUUCGCAUCCCAGCCGCUUCACACACAGGUGAGCGCCUGGUGGCCGGGCCUGCACCCAUGGGGCCCGGCCGGGCUCAGCCCGAACGAGCCACAUGGGCACCACCUCCAGUGGACCUACCACCCACAGGAGGAACAUGAAGGGUCCAAUGCUUGAGGGAUUGGGCGGCGGACCUAGGCAGGAGCCUUGGCGGUCUGAUCCUCGGUUAUGGAAACUGGCUCUUGGAACUUGUUGACAUUGUGAUUUUCAUUGAAAUGUCCUUUGUUAAAUGCGUGAAUGAUGUUGCCUGAAAUCUAUCAUGGGCCCCUGGUUUGAAGGGGAUCAAAGUUGUCAUCAUGGCAGAAUUUGUGUUCAUGAAAGAUUACAUAUCUUUAGUCCAUAGUAUCUUGAUCUUGAAGUAUGGUGAUGAAACUAGUGAUGUAGACCAAUAUUAGUGAUAAGUGAUUUAUAUAACUAUCAGAACCAUCUAUUCAUUGUUUUUUGCUUGUUUUCUGAGGGUUACGACCAUGAAUGAACGACUCGAGAGGGAAGAAGAGACCAGCUCUGCUGCCAUGACGACAAGACUGGCUCGACUAGAGGAGCAGGUUGUGACCUGAUUUUUGGUUAUCACUAAUGUUGCACCUGCAUCUAGACUGACAUAUUUUUACACUGGGCAGCUGAAUCGAGGCGCUUUGUGGAAAACAGAUGACACACUUUGGUUGAAUUUUAUUCAAAGCUGUUCCUGAUGAAACAAACAAAAUAAAUCUUCAGUGACGUACAAGCAGCAAUCAAAAGUAUUUGACCCACUUGUUUUUUUCAUCAUCAGGUAGCCCAGUCAGCCAAAGCCCUGCAGUGGAUUAUGGACAGUCUGAAAUCUCAGGGUUUUGGAUCCAAAGAAGCGCCAUCAUUCAGUCAGCCACCAACUUUACUCAUUGAUUUUAAUACAUCUACAACAACAAUACAUCAUCCUCUUUGUUUGGCUCACCUUUAUUUCUCCCUCAGCAUCAGACGAGUCCCCUGACACUUUCAAAAACACGUCCGAGAAAGAGGACAGGUUUCACGUCAAUGCCCGACAGUUUUACUACCCAAACAGCAAAAUCACACGAUUCCCUGUACCUGAGGAGAAAGUGCCCUGGGAGGUACAGUGAUUUAUUUACAUUUACACCAUUUGCUGGUCCCGAGAACAUCACUAAACAAGUUUGACAUAAUUCAUGUUAUUUAGUGGAUUCAAGUGGUUUUCAACUUCUCUCUUUUUCCAGGUCGGCUUCAGCUCAUACAUGCCGACUUAUUAUGCCUGUGAACUCAGCGAGGACAAUGCAGACGGGUAUGGUUCUACCAAAACAUGAUACUUUUACUCCCUGAGCAGUGAUUUGUGGACACAUUUGUGCCAAAGACAAGUCAUGAUGAGAGUUUUUGUCGUGACUUUCCUAUCACAAUAACACAAAUAAAGAUGGAACUAUAGUUUAAACAUGUUUGACUGAAAGCACUGAAAAUACAGCCUUUAAGUUUACCUCCAUCCAGACGGUUUCCUUUAAGCUCCUUAUCUUACAUUUCCUUUGUGCCUUUAUUCAUUCUGCAGAUCAGAACAAGACACCAUAGAUAAUUACAGGUAUGAUACUAGAUAAGAGACACCAAGCAUCAAAUAACACUUCUAGUGGCUUACCGAGUGUGUCUCCAUGUCUGAUGUGCAUCUAAUGUGUCAUCAGAAACCCAGAAGGAAGGACGGGUGUCACGGGACGAGGUGCACUCCGUCACCUCGGUCCAAAUCAGAAUGUAGACCUGGUGAUCACACGGUAGGUCAAAACAUGCCUUCAAAGAUUAUUUAUAGACUAAUAGUUAGUAUAACAAAAGUUACAGCUUUGGAUGUGGUCUUGCAGCUGGCGGGACAGGGAAAGAUCUGUUCUGGAGUACCUCACAGUUUGGGAUGACCACGGGACCUUAGUUUUACCUGGGGUGAGACCUGAAGUUCACUGCAGGAGUGUUUUUACUUUCUGCUCUGUUUGAAAAAAAGUGUAAACAUGUUUUAUCUUAAAUAUUCUAGGGUCCUGUCCAAUCUGCCAAUGAGUUACCGGUGGCUCUGAGGAAGAGAUUUGGAAAGAAGUUACAUGAAAAACUAUCUGAGAAAGCCUCAGAGGGGACAAAGGUACGUCUGUUCAAAUGAACAUUUAUUAAAAGAAAUCAGAGCAGUGAUAAAACUACCAUAAAUGAAAAGAGACUUUUAAAUACAAACUUGAAUGACAGUCAGAAGACGCUGAAGAAUGACCUCAGGUAACUGCAGCUGCUGGCAGGUCCGUUUUGGUACAUUUUGUCGUAUUAUCUGAAACAUGUCACAGACCCUAAUAACUUUAGGUAAAGGUGGCAAAGGUAAACUAUAUUUAGAGGGUAUCAAUAGAAGAGUUCACUCAUUCAUAUUCUGUAUAUACAGCGCCAUCUUAGGGUUAUUUAAUAAAAGCAGGUCUACUCUCCAGCCUUUGUUACAUGGUGAAAGCUGAUUUUUCUUGACUAUGAUACUGAGGAUCUUGUUGACUCUGACCUGGUCUCUGGUCUUUCAGGUAUUUGAGGGUUACGUGGAUGACUGCAGGAACACAGAUAACGCCUGGGUGUCCACGACUGUGCUUAACAUUCAGCUGGACAGAAAGAGCGAGGUGUUGUUAGAUCUCAACAACAUGGUGAGAAUGUUAUUCUGUUUGUAAUUUAAAGGCGUGAAUUAGCAACAAAUGUAGUCAACGCAUUGUUUCAUAAUUGUUUUCUCUCAGGUGGAGAGCAGCCAUGGCACCCUGCAGUGGCAAGAGGUGAACGGCAAAACCAGGCUGGCUUCAAACCAGAGAGAGUCCCUGCGGCUGGUGGCUGAGCUGCAUAACAGGAAGUUUUGA